AUGCCUCCUCCCAAGCGCCGCAGGGUCGCCGCCGGCAACAACAACAACAACAGCGUCAAAACGCACGCCCAGAUCGCGCUCCCGCACCCUACACCCGAAAGCCCUGUCGUGCCGUGCAACGGCGGCCGCUGCCACUUCCACCGGCUGCGCUGCGGCCACAUCGUCAAGACGCCGCUCACCUUGAUGCCAGCCCUCUGCGCCACCAACUGCGCCACCACAGCCCCGCCCGUCGCCGACAACCCGCAGCACUACAACAACGGCUUCGGCGUCGCGCCCUUCGAGUGCCCCGUCUGCGUCGCCCGCUCCCUCAGCCUCAUCUGGAAGAUGGACGUCGUCAACCUCAAGAAGCAGCUGCCGACGCUGUCGAUGGACGACUUCGCCGACUGGAUCCACCACAACUACAACAGAGCCUGGGAGCAGCGCAAGCGCGUGAGGCUGGACGCGUGGAUGGGCCCGGCGGAGCGUCGCCGCGAGUGCUUCCAGUUGGCGGUCAAGGAGCGCUCGCUUGUUGUCUGGAAGAGGGGCGAGACGCGCGCGCCGUAUGCGAUUGAGGAGUUCAGGCGUGUGUAUGAGCGGAGGGAGGUUAGCGCGUCGUUCUGGGCGCAGCAGUACAAGGAUAACACCAUUGUUGAUGACGAUGGCGAGGCUGAGCCUGGUGUCGUCUAUCAGAGCGUGGAGAAGCCCGGCAUCCACUAUUAA